AUGAUAAUGGCAAUUCACCCGCAAUCAGGGCAAAGUGGUCGAGCAGACUAUUUUACAUAUACGGUAGUGCCUAAAACCAUGACAACUAUUCCCGCCGAUAUAGAGUCUGCCCAGGCGGCUGGGCAGAUUCCCUCCGGUAUCAGCAUGGAGUAUCUCGCCCAGUCGCGAGAUCAGCCGGCAAAAAUCGCCAUCAUAUCUGUCGGUGCCUUGACAUUUGUGCUCGUCAUUGCUCGGUGUUAUGCCAGACUAUUUGUAGUCAAGCAGGCUGGUUUGGAUGAUGCGUUGGCUGUUUUCACCAUGGUAGGUUAUUUUUGCAUACACAGCGGUGGGCGUAUCCGUUAUGGUCGACAUAUCGAAUAUAUCAAAUACGUCCUGAGCCAGCCUCAGGUGAACCAGAGCGAAGUCCUCGACUUUGUCGUGCAUCUCCUCUACACGACAGCUCUCUUCGUAUGCCGUCUUUCAGGGCUAGCAUUCUACGAACGUCUCGCAUCUCAUCGUGUUCAAAUGUCGGUAACCAUCAAAGCCGCCUACGGAUUUCUAGUGAUCGCAUAUCUAGUUCAAUUUUUCCUCAUUCUGUUCCACUGCAUGCCUGUUACUGGUCUCUGGCCUUAUGCCUGGCAGCCAGAAAUCAACAACUACAGGUGUAUUACCUGGGGCGUCGCCGAAGAAGCGGCUCCAGCUGUCUCUCAUCUUAUUACCUGGCGUUCCGUUAGUCCACUGGACCCCUCCCCUCCCUUGUUUCUCAGUUUCGGAAUUAACAUUAUGCCAUUUAUUAGUGUACUGGUCAUCUCCUCCAUCCGCGUGUAUCUCGUGGAAGUCGGGCAGUGGACCACCGACGGCAGUUGGGCUUAUGAUCCGAUGCUGGCAAUCGAAACUUCUGAGAUUGGCAGCACCCUCAUUGCCCUUUCCAUUCCAGCCCUCAAGCCUCUCUUUGGAUCGUGGUUCUCGCAUAUCAAGGCAUACCCAUUGAGUCACAGUAGCCAGAGCCGAAAGUUGAAUAGAGUUCAUCAAAGAGACCAUUACCACAAAUCAGAUGACAGUAUGCAACUUGGAGCUUUGAGCCGUAACUGCCACCGGGAUGUUGAAUCCGACUUGUACCAUGACAAAAUAGUUGCAGUAAAGAUGGACCCGGAAAAAACCCAGCAAAAGCUGGAAUAUGACGACGAAAUUGACAAGGAGGCUAUUGAACAUUGUGAAAACAUUGCCGGGUUCACCCCGGAGGAGCAGAAGCAAAUAAUACGACGUGUUGACCGCCGGCUGGUUGUUAUCCUUGGAUGUCUUUAUUUCAUCAGUCUCCUGGAUAGAGCCAAUCUUGGAGCUGCAUCUGUUGCUGGCAUGCAGGAUGAGCUCCAUAUGAAUGCGAGUAAUAACGCAUACUCACUUGUCACCCUUGUGUUCUUUAUACCUUAUACCAUCUUCCAAAUUCCCGCUACUGCUAUUAUCCGCAAGAUCGGGCCCCGUUUAUUCCUUGCCGCUAUUGUUCUGGCCUGGGGUGCCACCAUGAUCGGAUUUGGGUUCGCUCCAAAUUGGUCCGUAUUAGCAGGUCUACGCGUCAUUCUAGGGUCUCUGGAGGCUGGCUUUUAUCCAGGCUGUAUAUUCCUGCUGAGUGUAUGGUACUGCCGGUAUGAACUACACAAACGCAAUGCUGGAUUUUACCUUAUCGGCAAUUUUGCAUCUGGCUUUGGGGGUAUCCUAGCCUAUGGAUUUAUGCAAAUGGACGGUCUUGCUAGAAUAUCCGGGUGGCGAUGGAUUUUCAUUAUCGAGGGAGCACUUACCUGUCUCUUCGGGAUUAUAUCAUAUUUUAUUUUAGUUGACUUUCCGGAAAAGUCUCCUCAAUCAUGGAACUUUCUGAACGAACGCGAAACCGCCUUCAUAGUUACGCGGAUUGAAAACGAUCGCUCAGACGUCUUUGCCGAGCCAUUUUCGCUGCAAGAAUAUCUCAAAGUCGGUUUGGAUCUUAAGGUAUGGGGCUACUCUGCUCUAUAUGUGCUAACAUGCACGAAUACUUACGCUAUCGGCUACUUCAUUCCUAUCAUUCUCGAAGAUAGUAUGAAUUUCGGUGUAGUCAAGGCGCAGUGCCUUGUGGCACCACCAUAUGUUGCUGCUAGCAUUAUUAUGUAUUUUCAGGCAAUUUAUUCCGACAAAUGGCACAUGCGAGGCCCUCUGGUGCUAGGAAAUUCCGCACUGGCUAUGAUUGGCAUGGCCCUUUUAGGCUACUUGGAAAACCCAGCACCACGCUACUUUGGAAUAUUUCUAGCCACCAUUUGCAGCAACUCUAAUUGUCCAGCAUUGGUAUCCUGGCAAAGCAACAAUAUUCGAGGACAAUGGAGACGUGCUUUUACAUCUGCUACUCUCAUCGGCGGAGGAAGUAUAGGGGGCAUCAUCGCCUCGACUGUUUUCCGCGCUCAAGAUGCACCAGGCUAUCGCCCUGGUCUACUUGCAGCAAUUUUGGCCAAUGCGCUGAUGAUUAUUAUCACUAUCGGUCUUGAGAUCAAGUUUUACAGAGCCAACAAACGAGCAGAGGGUGGAGGAAAACAGAUUGAGGGGUUGGAGGGGUUUCGCUAUACAUACUAA